AUGGCCAAUUCAACCUUUCCAUUUCAAUUCCCUCACCUUUCCAAAGACAAUUUUGAUAAUUGGUGCAUUCGUAUGAAGGCAUUGCUUGGAUCACAAGAUACUUGGGAGAUUGUAGAAAAAGGCUACGAUGAGCCUAGUGACGAAGCUCCUUUGAGUCCUAAUCAAAGAGAGGCUUUGCAAAAACUUCGAAAGAAGGAUCAACAAGCUCUCACCCUUAUUUAUCAAUGUUUGGAUGAGGCUAUGUUCGAGAAGGUGGCGAAUGCAACCACCUCCAAGCAAGCAUGGGAGAUUCUCACAAACUCUCAUCAAGGAGUUGAUAAAGUGAAGAAAGUUCGCCUUCAAACGUUAAGAGGUGAAUUUGAAGUUUUACGAAUGAAAGAAUCCAAGUCGAUUGCGGAUUAUUUUUCAAGGGUGUUGGCCAUAGUAAAUCAAAUGAAGAGAUAUGGAGAAAGAUUGGAGGAUGUUCGUGUCAUUGAAAAGAUCCUUCAUUCCUUGCAACAAAGAUUUGACUAUAUCGUUGUUGCUAUUGAAGAGUCAAAAGAUUUAGAAACCAUGAGUAUUGAUCAACUCAUGGGAUCUCUUCAAGCCCAUGAAGAAAGGCUCAACAAGAAGAAAGAAGAGCCAUUGGAACAAGUUCUUGCUACAAAUAUUUGUUUCAAAGAUAAGGAAGAAGAAUAG